GCCACAGUUGAGCACAAAAACAAACUUGAACCAGAUGGGCUUUGGGUCAACAUUUGCGCUGAUGUCCUCGUCUGGAGGAGUUGACGUGAAGACUCAAAGCUGAAGAGAUCUGAUCUUUUUAUUUUUCUAUUGUUUGAAAAGGGGAAGGGCUCUGCCAAGAAAAAAAAACAUCAUUUGGAAAUUAAGUUAGGCGUCAGUGAGUGCGCACUUUACGCACAGGGUGUUCUAUGAAACUUUAAAAUGCUGCAUGUGCUCGCUUUUAUUGUUACGUCUGCGUAAAGCUGCAGUUCCUCUCGCGCUGACACUUCUUCAUAACUCGGUGUGAUCAUGUGUCGUGGCUAAGAACUUUAAAGUACACGAUAAAACCCUGAGACAGCAUGGGGGCCAAGCAGAGCAGCCCUGUAUUUGAUGGCAGGACUCGGGCUUAUUCCAGCUCCGAUCUCCCGUCCGGGAACCCGAGCGGAGGGGAGAGGAUCGCUGGGUUCAGGUACACUAAUGGACCAGAUGGCCCACGGAUCCGGUACACAGGGAGUGGGCCGACCAGCUCCGGGCUCAGUAUACCGGCCGGCAGGUCAGGGUCACACGUUCUCAACCAGAGCCUCGAUGGCACGGAUGGUGUCGACCAGGGCCAGCUGCCUCCUGAAGGCCACAGGUUGCUUAUCGGCUCCCUGCCUGCUCACCUGUCCCCACGCCUACUCGGAGGUUUCCACUGUCCUCUUUGCUCCAAGUUUAUGGCAGCGGAUGAAAUCGAGAAGCACCUGCUCAUGUGUUUCAGCAAAACGCGGCUCACCUACAACAAGGACAUCCUGUCCAGAGACUCCGGGGAAUGUGCCAUCUGCUUAGAGGAGCUGGAGCAGGGAGAUACCAUUGCCAGGCUGCCCUGCCUCUGUAUCUACCAUAAAGGGUGUAUAGACGAGUGGUUUGAGGUGAAUCGCUCGUGUCCGGAGCAUCCUGCUGACUAAGAGCCACAAGAGUCCAGUUUCAGCCGACUGUUCAUCACUGUGGUGGACCGCGUGCCUGACCUCAUCCCAAAACUGUCUGUUCCAGCCGAGCAUCAGCGCUCCUCAGGGAAUUAAAGACAUUACUGCGUACCAGAUUUAUCAUUUUGUCUGAUGGAGUAUCAGCGGACUGUGGACGUGCUUCCCUCGACAUCGUGGGAUGCUUAAAGAACCACUGGUGGGGUCGCUUGUCAGGAGAGAAUAUGUGAAUGUUUUUAUGCCACCUACUGGCCUUAAGUAGCCUCAAACAACCUGGAAUCUGAACUGUUCUAUUGAGGAGGGUGAUAUUUAAUGACAGAGGACUAUAACCAACAUAGAGGACAAAAAGCUCUUUUUAGCAGUGAUCUAGACUGAGACUGUCAGAGGGUUGUUAGGCUGAUGCUGUGCAAUGUGAAAAACAGCCAUAGAGAAUUAGAAAUGCCCAUGUCAGCUUUAAGAGAGGCUUACAGUGUGGAUGGUUGAAAUCUUAAUUUCAUUGUGGCUAUCACUGUUAAACAAUCCUGUCGCCUAGACCAAAUAGUAAGACAUGUAAUAGUCUGUCUGUGUUAAUCAACUGGCCCUUCAGAACCACAGUAAUGUGAUUGUGUAGUUUCGUGGUGGAAUUAAAAAUAUUCUAAUGAUGAUUCAUGCUCUUACAAGGAGUGCCAUAAUAUGCUGCUAUGUCAUAGACUGGAAAUUUUUGUAUAACCUCUGAAUUUUUGUUUAUUGUACUUUGUACUUGUACUGUAAUAAUUGCACAACAAUAAAUUUUUGUCUUCG